AGCGGAUAUCACUCCAAGCAACUACCACUGUAUAUAGUAGCAUUUCCGCGGGAGUAACACUACUUGUCAAGCCUUUUUGUUUGCUUCUACGGAGCCACAGAUUCCCGGUCGGUGGCGAUGGAGGUGAAAUGGACAAAGUUCCUGCCGGCGAUCGUCAUCCUGAUUAUCAGUAGCACUCUCGCCGCCGGAGAUUAUGUACGGCCGCAGCCGCGGCAGCUCCUAGAUUUCCCCUGGAGCCGGAAGCCUUCUUCUCAUCCUCAGCAGGUGCAUAUCUCAUUAGCAGGAGAUCAUCAUAUGAGGGUGACAUGGAUCACAAAUGGUGAGCUUGCUCCAUCCAUGGUUGAAUACGGAACCUCACCUGGGAAAUACAUCUAUAUAUCUCAAGGAGAAAGCACUUCAUAUCGUUAUCUACUUUAUAGAUCUGGGAAGAUACACCAUACAGUAAUUGGGCCAUUGGAAUAUGACACUGUUUACUACUAUAGAUGUGGAGGAGAAGGUCCUGAGUUUCAAAUGAAAACCCCUCCUUCUCAAUUUCCAGUUACUUUUGCUGUGGCUGGGGAUUUGGGUCAGACUGGUUGGACUAAAUCAACACUAGACCACAUUGACUUAUGCAAAUAUGAUGUACACCUGCUUCCUGGAGAUCUUUCAUAUGCUGACUAUAUUCAAUCUCAAUGGGAUACAUUCGGAGAGUUAGUUCAACCACUAGCAAGUGCAAGGCCGUGGAUGGUAACACAAGGGAACCAUGAAAAGGAAAGCAUAAUCCUUGUUGAGAAUGAUUUUGUUUCCUACAAUGCUAGAUGGAAGAUGCCAUUUGAGGAAAGUGAAUCCCCUUCAAAUCUUUAUUAUUCCUUUGAAGUUGCUGGAGUACAUAUUAUCAUGCUUGGCUCGUAUACGGACUAUGAUAAAUAUUCUGAACAGUAUAGCUGGCUGAAGGGUGAUCUAUCAAAAGUGGAUAGAAACAGGACACCUUGGCUACUUGCACUAUUCCAUGUUCCAUGGUACAACUCUAAUUGGGCUCAUCAAGGUGAAGGAGAUAACAUGAUGGCCUCCAUAGAACCCUUGCUACAUGCUGCCGGUGUAGAUAUUGUCCUUGCUGGGCACGUGCAUGCAUAUGAGCGAUCAAAACGUGUAUAUAACGGUAGAUCAGAUCCUUGUGGUGCUGUACAUAUUACUAUUGGGGAUGGAGGGAACAGAGAAGGUUUAGCUCACAAGUACAAAAAUCCACAUCCAGAAUGGUCUGUCUUCCGCGAAGCAAGCUUCGGUCAUGGUGAGCUCAGGAUAAUCAAUUCAAGUCAUGCUUUUUGGAGCUGGCAUAGAAACGAUGAUGAUGAGCCUGUGAGGUCGGAUCAGACAUGGAUCACUUCUUUGUUUGGAUCAAGAUGCCUUUCUGAAGAAGGGACUAACUGAGUACUCUACUAACCGCUCGUUAGAAGUUAGAACUGUUAAGAUCCAAAUAAGUUACUUCCAUUCCAUGUCUAAUGUGAGUCUGUGAAGUAUUUAUAGUUCAUCCUGCAAUAGGUUGUGCAGUAUAAUGUGCCAUGCAUGAUGCAUGUAUGGUAUAUUUGUACUAAAAUGUUAUUAGAUAUUUGUAUUCACUUCAUGCAUGUAUGUAUGCAUAAACACAUUUGCUUUCCUGACUUCAUUAACUCACUCUAUGAAAUGAAAUCCAAUAUUGCUUUAAGUAGCCAUUAUAUGGAUUCCUG